AUUAAAUGUCGCCUUGUGCAUAGACAAUAACCUGGACAGCACAACCCUGACCCUCAGUGUUGUGACCCAUGCGACAAUGGCUGCAGGUCUUUGCAAGGCGAAGACCUGCAUCAUGCACUCCUUCUGCCACAUUCUAUAACUCAGCCAAACCUCUCAUCUGGUCGCGGCCCUUUUCACUUUCUUACCGUCGAGAGGCCGUGUCCGUCAAACCGCAGACCGAUCUUGAGCAGCGCAUCGCCGCCAUUCCUAUCGAUCGAUACCGAAAUUUCUGCAUUGUUGCCCAUGUUGACCAUGGCAAAAGCACCCUUAGCGAUCGUCUCCUCGAGCUUACCGGCACCAUCCAACCGGGGUCGAAUAAACAAGUCUUGGACAAGUUAGACGUUGAAAGAGAGCGGGGAAUUACUGUCAAGGCCCAGACUUGUUCUAUGAUAUACAAUUACAAAAAUCAAGACUAUCUAUUGCACCUGGUCGAUACACCAGGUCAUGUUGAUUUUCGAGCCGAAGUGUCGAGGAGUUAUGCGAGUUGCGGAGGCGCCCUACUCCUAGUUGAUGCAAGUCAAGGUAUUCAGGCUCAGACCGUCGCAAACUUCUACCAGGCUUUCGCAUGGGGAUUGACGUUGAUACCGGUGAUCAACAAGGUCGAUCUACCACAUGCAGACUCUCCAAGAGCCCUGGCGCAGAUGAAGGAGAGCUUCGAAUUGGACCCUGACAGCGCGGUACUAGUUUCGGCGAAGACGGGCCUCAAUGUCGAAAGCAUCCUACCAGCGGUCAUUGAGCAAAUACCUGCACCUACUGGGGACGAUAAAGCUCCUUUGAAACUUUUCCUGGUGGAUUCGUGGUACUCAGCCUACAAAGGAGUGAUUCUCCUGGUCAGAAUUUUCGAAGGAAGUUUAUCUGCUGGCGAUCAGAUUGUAUCCUUUGCCACCGGCAACAAAUACACUGUUGGUGAGGUCGGUAUUAUGUAUCCGGAUCAAACACCUCAGAAAGUUCUACGUGCUGGCCAAGUGGGCUAUGUCUACUUCAAUCCAAGCAUGCGCAAGAGUCAGGAAGCUAAGAUCGGCGAUACAUACACCAUGGUUGGAUCGGAAAAGUUAGUUCAGCCACUACCUGGGUUUGAAGAACCAAAGCCAAUGGUGUUCGUGGCGGCCUUUCCUGUGGACCAAGGAGAUUUUGAGCAUCUAGAAGACAGCAUCAACCAGCUGGUCUUGAAUGAUCGGAGUGUCACCGUUCAAAAGGAAUCGUCCCAGGCACUCGGGGCUGGCUUCAGACUGGGCUUUCUCGGAACCCUGCAUUGUUCGGUGUUUGAAGAUCGCUUGCGACAAGAGCAUGGAGCCAGUAUCAUCAUCACCCCCCCAACAGUACCGUUCAAAGUCAAGUAUCGGGAUGGGACAGAAACUGUGGUCACCAAUCCUAACGAGUUUCCUGAAGGUGACGCCGUUCGCCGAAACGUGGUCGAACUAAAGGAGCCUUAUGUCUUAUGCACCAUGACUCUUCCAGAGGAAUAUCUGGGCAAAGUCAUCGAGUUGUGUGAAGCAAAUCGCGGAGAGCAGAAAUCCAUGGAGUAUUUCACACAGACGCAGAUUAUUCUAAAGUAUGAAAUGCCGCUCGCCCAAAUGGUGGACGACUUUUUCGGCAAAUUGAAAUCCGGCACCAAGGGAUAUGCAACGCUGGACUACGAGGAGUCAGAAUGGCGGGCCAGCAACAUUGUCAAACUACAGCUGCUAGUCAACAAGGAGCCCGUGGAUGCAGUUUCUCGCGUGUUACACAAGUCACAGGUUCGCUACGUGGGCAAGGCCUGGGUGUCGAAGUUCAAGGAGCAUGUGGAUCGGCAGAUGUUUGAAAUCAUUAUUCAAGCAGCGGCCGGCAAAGAAAUCGUGGCUCGCGAGACUAUCAAGCCAUACCGCAAAGAUGUGCUGGCCAAGUUGCACGCCAGUGAUCUCAGCCGGCGCAGAAAGUUGCUCGAGAGACAGAAGGAAGGUCGCAAGAAACUCAAAGCCGUGGGCAAUGUGGUGAUUGAACAUAGCGCAUUUCAAGCAUUUCUGGCCAAAUAAAACCAUGAUAUAAUGACAAACGAUGGCCAUAGGAGACUCGAGAUGGCAUCAACGGUUCUGGAAAUCAUCGUUCCUAUCCAGCACAUCUAUUGUUCCCGUCUACUGUUACAGCCUGCGCAGCCAAUUCAUAUGAGUGAGAGUGAGCCCAACAUCGAGAUAUGAUUUCACGAAUCCCAGAACCAAUACAACGAAGCUGCCAAUUCUUCUGUGUCCCUCAGGCUGUUCCCAACGUUGAAAUAUCAGCCCAACAACACGUGGAUCAGCAACAGCAACCUUGUGAUUGGUGACAGCUAUUUGCCCAUUCUGUGAUCUGAGAGCAAUUACACUCUGAGUGAGGGGAUCAUCCUUGCAAAAGCUGCCACGGAUCAUGUCCCUAUAGCAUUGCUUCUGGGGAUUCUGCUCCGGGCUCACGCACCAUGACUUGACGCAGUGACACAUUGAAUGCCUGAACUCAUUCAUGUGACUCCAAUAGUCUCUGACAUUGGAUCCUUGGCGAGCGUCGCUCAUGUUUCUCAUGCAUGAUACUAAGCGUGGGGUUCGAAUUGAGUUGUCCUCAAACGACGGUCUUGUCCGUUCUGGGCCACUUAGAGGGAAUGUUGUACCACGUUCUUGUCCUUGCGUCUGGAUGUUACCACGUCUCUUCCUCCAGGGCUGACAAUCGGAUCCUCUCGGCCAUAUUCUUCAAUUACGAGCACUCCCCAGUCUGCAUCCGAACUUGGACGAUAGCGUGCUACACUUUCUUCUUCUCGUCCAAUCACUCAGUGGCCCUGGUAUCAACAUGUGAUAGCCGGAAUUUAUGUUGCGACUUCGGCGACCCGUCAACCAGAGUCGGGCAUGGCCUGAUGGAGAUUCCCAGAGCCUGUCACCAGACAAUAGGACAGGUGAUGGUGAUCACGUUGAUGAUGAUUCGAGACAGCCAGCAGAGGCGUCUCUACAUGUGGAUAUGGAUCCCCAUCAUCCAUCCGGUGGUUGUUGAACCUUAGUUUCAAUUGGGACCUGUCUACCAGGCGAGGUGAACACGCUGGUCUGGAGACACCAAGCUGCAGAAUUGCGGUAUUGUGAUUGGGCCACGCUCAGUCAAGGACGCAUCGCACCGCACCGAGGGGUUUGUGCUCGCUAUCUACGGAGGAGGUAGUCGAUGGUCAAUGAUAGGCGCUGGAACUUUCUGCGCCUUGGACGAAUAGCGAAGAAGAACGCACCCAUCCUGUCAUGCAUGGGCAACCCAAGGACCCACUUGAUGUUGCUAGAAGAUGUUUGUUUCGCAUGGUCGAUGCAUGAACAUUUCGCGGGAUGCAUGACACUCUCUGAGACACAGGUGGGGUGAGCGUAGUGUGGGACAGAAGUGAUGGUUCCAUCCAUAGGUGUAUAUCAAGGCCCGAGGCACCUCCUCUUUUGUGACUCUCGCUCUCUUCCUUCCAUUCAGGCAAGCAAGUCUUAUUCUUCUGUCAAGCAUCGAAAUCUUGAGAUCCCAAUCAACUUUCAAUCAACCCCAAACUCAAUCCAUUCCACCAACUUGAUUCAACAUGGGUCCUUGUGGAAGCUGCAACUGCUGCAACGGUUCCGCCUGUACGGGAUCGUGCUCAUGCAGCACCUGCGGUCACUAAAUAUGAGCCGUCCGACACUCGGAGAUCUCUCGUCGGUGACGACGCCGGGAAGUCGGCCUGUGUGGUGGUUGUGAAAUACAUCCUGUCUUGUCUGCUGCAUCGAUCGACGGCGAUCCAAAAGGCCAGAAACUGCCAGCAAAUCUCUCAUCAUUUGCGUGAAAAGGGAUAUCUGAUGAGCAAUAUUCAUUUCAGAGCUUCUCUCCCUGGGAUGGACAAGUGAAGGACAAGGUCAGAAGGGAUGCAACCAAACCUCAUGGGCGGAAUUUUGGAAAUGAGAAACUCGGAGUAGAAGUAGAAACCACCAUAGUUUCAACAAGAAAACUAGUUGAUCGUCAAA